AUGAACACAGUGUGGUCCAUCAGAAAUCAACCGAUAGUAAGUAGAAUAAAAAGAAAAGACUGCUGGGCACUGCAUAUGAAAGAACAUCCGGAUUACAAGUACCGUCCACGAAGAAAACCCAAACCACUAAUGAAGAAAGAACCAAAAUUUGGUUUUUCAAUAUCCCCUCUUCUGGCCAAUAGUCAACUAGAUAAUUCUCAAUUACAUCGUCCGUUAAUGCCGCCCAUUUCAACAGCAUCUGGACUUUCAUCAUUUGACCACGAACAUUUAAAACUCCCAAGAACUCUUUUCCCCCCUCUACCAUACCUUUACCAUCCCUUCCGACACCCUGAUGAAUCAAAGUUUGCCGCAGAACUAGCUCUUCUAUACAGCAAUAGUCCAAUUUACCCUCCAGGUUUCAACUGGCCAAUAGCCAAUAAUGUAAAUACCAGUGUUCCAUGUAACAUUUGUCCUCCCACCUUUUCCAGGAGGUCACCAAGUCCAGACUCCAUCAAGAGGCCCGUCUGUGUGAUAAUGAAGAACGACGAAUUCAGGAACGAGCCACUUCCUGCACAUGUUAUAUGA